CAAGAACUCUGGAUAUGACACUCUGAGGUAAAUCGACUGGGAGUUCAAGGUUGCAUAAGGUUUGUUAAUCCAACAACAUCUAUGCUGAUAUGAGGGAAAACAAACACAAAGUUAUGUGGAAUGUCCAAGCACGUGAGAGAGGGAGGAGGGGAGCGUGACACUGCAGUGUAAAGACCAUAGGCUGUCAGACCAACAUUGAGCUACAGAUCGACAAGAGAAAGUCUCAGCUUCAGAAUGAAGUCUUCUGUAGCUCUGCUGUUGCUGCUGUGCUGCUCUCCAUGUAAGAUGGAGGUUCAGAGUGAUGGUCAUGAGUCCAGAGAGAAUCAGAGCUCCCUACAGGUUCAGCAGGAAGAUGGAGAGAAACGCAAGAGCAAACGUGACACUGAGGAACAGAUAACAGAUAAAGGUGCUUCUGAUGGAACAACCUCCAUUCAGCAAAGCUGUCAGUCCUCUGUCGUUACUUUUUUGCUUACCCAGAUGAGCAGUAUGGAGGAAAGAUUGAGAACCAAUGAGAAACAAUUGGAGGAGCUGCAGAAAAAGAGCAAUGGUGCUGUGGCCUUUUCAGCUGCACUCUUGGGAUCAGGUGUCAAUGAGAACACUGGUCCUUUCAACACUAAAGUCACUCUGAUAUACAGACAUGUCAUCACAAACAUUGGAAAUGCGUACAAUCCAGACACAGGGAUUUUCACAGCACCUGUGAAAGGAGUAUACAAGUUUGAGAUAUUUGCUUAUGCUGAGGGUAGUGAUAGUUACCCUGUAACAGUAUCUAUAAUAAAGAAUGCACAGGAAGUUUUUAUGAUACAUGGUCACCAACGUGCACAUGCCGUGAACGCCUCCAAUGGAGCGUCCUUGUUGAUGGAAGCAGGAGACGUGGUCUAUGUGCAGUUAUGGGAGAACAGAAUCAUUAUGGAUAAUGUUCAUUGCCACAGCACUUUCAGUGGCCACCUGCUGUUCAGAAUGUAAAUAAACGGAGAAAAAUAAUGAAUUAAUUAUGUAAUGAUGAUCAUCAGUGUGAAGGAAA